AAUUAAUCUCGAUUAUCUUCUAACAAUAUGUAGGGCCCGUAGCCGAAGACAUGUUCCACUGGCAAGCCACGAUAAUGGGGCCUUCUGACAGCCCUUAUAGUGGAGGUGUUUUUUUAGUUUCGAUACAUUUUCCUCCUGAUUAUCCUUUUAAGCCACCUAAGGUUGCUUUUAGGACGAAGGUAUUUCACCCUAAUAUCAAUAGCAACGGAAGCAUUUGCCUUGAUAUUCUCAAAGAACAGUGGAGCCCGGCCUUGACUAUAUCCAAGGUGCUGUUGUCAAUCUGCUCUCUGUUGACCGACCCAAACCCGGACGAUCCGUUAGUGCCGGAAAUAGCUCAUAUGUACAAGACCGACCGCUCCAAGUACGAGACUACUGCACGUAGCUGGACGCAGAAGUACGCCAUGGGCUGAUCUUUCAAGACUUUGUUUGGCUGAAGAAAAUAAAUGAAGUGUUUGUAUGUUACUUUGUGACUUUUGGAUUGAAGCUAUUUAUGUACCUUAUUUCUUAAUUUGUGUAUACUAUGAAAGAGUGUUGGUAGGAAGGGUGUAUUAUGUACUCUUUUAUGUAUUAUUUUUUUUUUGAGAUAUUUUUGGAGAUUAUUAUUUAUUUUUGAUUAAAUUUCGACCUUUGAUUUACAUGGGCCGGAGAAAGUUGGGAUA